GAGCACACUUGGAGCAACCAGCAGACUGCGCUCGUGAUUGUGCACAUUUGAAACUUGUCAUCGGUGACUCCAAGUAACUUUGAAGAAGGAAUGCUCGUUCGGUUUGUCGCAAUAACGGGAAAAUUCUGUUGCUGAAGACAAGAACUGUCGUAAGAACAACUUAUAUCUUAAUCUGAUAAGAAUCGCGCAUCACUUUUGAAUUGUAUAUCGUCAAGGAAUAACAGAAAAUCCACAUAGCGUUCUUUUCCUAACCUCUAAAUGUUAGCUUGGUGUAGAAUUUGAAUAACACAUAAGAAUGGACAGACUGUUGCGAUUAGGUGGUGGAAUGCCAGGCCUAAAUCAAGGGCCACCACCCUCUGACGCACCCGUUGUGGAUACAGCUGAGCAGGUGUACAUAUCGUCCUUGGCUCUCCUGAAAAUGCUUAAGCAUGGCCGUGCCGGAGUACCGAUGGAAGUGAUGGGUUUGAUGUUGGGUGAAUUUGUUGAUGAUUAUACUGUUCGCGUUAUCGACGUCUUUGCUAUGCCGCAAACAGGAACGGGUGUUAGUGUAGAAGCGGUAGAUCCAGUGUUCCAAGCAAAGAUGUUGGACAUGCUAAAACAAACUGGUCGGCCAGAAAUGGUGGUUGGCUGGUAUCAUUCCCAUCCAGGAUUUGGAUGCUGGCUGUCUGGAGUAGACAUUAAUACACAACAGUCCUUCGAGGCUCUUAGUGAAAGAGCGGUAGCUGUUGUCAUUGAUCCUAUACAAUCAGUGAAAGGAAAAGUUGUUAUCGAUGCAUUUAGACUAAUAAAUCCAAACAUGAUGGUUUUAGGACAAGAACCCAGACAAACGACAUCGAAUUUAGGUCACCUACAGAAGCCGUCUGUUCAAGCGUUGAUACACGGACUGAAUCGGCAUUAUUACAGUAUUAGUAUUAAUUAUCGCAAGAACGAACUGGAACAAAAGAUGCUGCUGAAUCUUCAUAAAAAAACAUGGAUGGAUGGUCUUACUCUUGCCGAAUAUUCAGAGCAUAGUCGACUCAAUGAGAAUAUUGUUUCCGAGAUGCUUGAACUUGCGAAGAAUUAUAAUAAGGCCUUGGAAGAAGAAGAAAAGAUGACACCAGAGCAAUUAGCGAUAAAGAAUGUGGGCAAGCAAGAUCCGAAACGGCAUCUAGAAGAGAAGGUCGACACAUUAAUGGCUACAAAUAUUGUUCAAUGCUUGGGAGCCAUGCUCGAUACGGUUGUAUUCAAAUAACUGUUUUCCAAUACAUCACUUGCAAUAUGAUAUUUAAAGGAAAUAUACAUCUUUUUAAAAUAGAAA